UUCUAAUAAAUAUUCUAAAAAAUUGCCCCCAACAGAGCAUUAUUCAUCAAAAUUCAACUUGAUUGCUCUCAUCCUUAUCAGUUAUCGCCACCCUACCCUACUCUACCCUACUCACCUACAAUCACCAACCUCCUCUUUCAGUCUCUGGACACAGAGACAGAUAUGAAUAUGGAUAUGGACAGGAAUAUAUACACACCGGUACCCACAGCAAUGCAUAAAAUCCAAGACUCUCUCUUGCACGCUCUUGUCCUAAAUAUUCUCUCUUCUAAAUCUCUCUUCAUCCGCCAUGAAGCUCACCAUCACCAUUCUAACCAGAAGACUGUUCCAAGAACAAGGCGGCCCAGAUAAUUUAGACAGUACAAUCUCAGCUUCCGCCACCUCAGACGCUAUUUUUCAGCUCAUAAAUGACACUUCCGCCACCAUACAAACACCCUUUUCUGCCCCCACCUUAUCCACCGUCGAUUUUUCCGUGGCAUUAACAAUACUUGUUCUUAUCACAGCCCUUUCCUUCAUGGCUCUUUUUUCAGCCUACAUCCACAGCCUCGCCACUGACGAUUCUUCCUCCUACACUGACAACCGCCGCAGAAACCUAUCUCCGCCGUCACACACCAACCGCAAGGGACUUGAUCCUUCUGCCAUCAAAUCAUUGCCUCUGGUGGCUUGUGGUGUGGCCGCGAAGCACAGGAUAGAAGAAUGUACAAUAUGCUUAUGCGAGUUUGAGGAUAGCGAAAUUGUCAGAAUAAUCCCCUACUGCAAGCACGUGUACCAUCCCAAGUGUAUUGACAGGUGGCUGUCGUUGCACGUGACUUGCCCUCUGUGUCGGUCACCUCAGCUUUUCGAGAACGUCGAUGAGCUUUCUUUGGAUAUGAAGCAGGAGAAUAAUAACAAUGUUGUUGAAAUAGAAACGGUAGAUAAUGUGGCCACGUGGAGAGACGAGAGAGAGUUUAGUACUUGACGAUGUGGCUGAUUUUUCAUUUUUUCUCUCAUUUUUAUGUUCACAGUUUCUGGAACGGUCAUUUAGAAAACUGAAAAUAAGGUUCUCUUGUCAUGUCAAAUAUACUAUCCAUUCGAUAGUGAUUAUGAAAAUUGAUCUUUGAUCGUUAAAAAUAAA